AUGAAAAGCCGGGCCCGCUCGGAGGUUAGGGUUAGUGCUGCCAUAAAUUGGGGUGUUCAGCUUAGUGAUGCCGGAGCAUUCUCUAGAGCAGUUGAGUACUUCACUGCUGUUGCGAACGCCGCGGCCGGCAAGCUGGAUCCAUCCAUCAGGCUGGGUGCCCUGGUCUCCUGCGACAUUUUGGACAAGACUACUCUGUUCGGAGACAUCGACACCGUUGAGCAAUUCCCCCUCACCCAUAUGGAUCUCGGCACUCAGAACAUCAUCGUCGAUGAUAACUUCAAUUUUGUUGCCAUUAUCGACUGGGAGUUCGCGCAGACUGCUCCGUGGCAGGACCAGACACCGAGGACAUUCUCAGAAAUCCUAGCCAUCUCGCGUAUAGGAAUGUGUUACGGCAAGACGUUUCUCGACGAAUCUACCGCCAGAAGUUCCAAGAGGCGGAGAGAAAACUUAAGGAGGAAGGCCGAGCUCUUGAAGGGUCGUUUACAGCAGGCUGAUAGGGGCCACCUGCGUGAGAUGGUGCGGCUUGCCUUCGGGUUGGAUGCAGACAAAGUGGAGGAGUAUCUCUCGGAGCUAGAGCAGGGUGGCGAGAUAGGUGGGAGCGGGUAG